AUGACAAUCCGGGAUGAACGAUACAUGCUUGGGACAGACCUGUGCUUGUGGGGAAUCUCCCUCAGUAACCAGGAUGUUGCCAGUCUUGCCAUAUUGUUGGAACUUAGUGGAAGAACCUCCUAUCCGUUUGUAAAGCUAGAAGCCAUAGAUUGUGGGAUGGAUGUAUGGUCGGUGGAGAGGCUGGGGAAAUCCAUAAAAUGCAGCCAGUUAACAUCUGUAACCUUGGAUUACAAUGAGUUCCAGGAUGAAGGGAUACAGGGUCUCAUUCGUGGCCUGGAAGGGAACAUGAAGAUUGUUUCUCUUAGUCUGUGUUAUUGUAAACUUGGUCCUUCCAGUGGGGCAUUACUGGGAAAGCUUUUGGCAGAGUCAGCAAUAAGUGAACUGGACCUGACUGGGAACUAUCUGCAGUGCUCUGGGGCAGUGGACCUAAUCACAAGUAUAGCAGAGUAUGCCCAGGGUCUGGCUACAGAGCGGCCACCUGAGCAGCCCAUUGACUUAGCUCAUCAGAUUCUGGAAGGGAAAAAGAGAAAGAAAAAGACAGCAUUGCCGCCUGGCCCCUGGGUGACCAAGUUACACCUGGCUGAUAAUGGCAUUGAUGCCAUGGGGAAGGAAAGGGAGACCGGACUGUUGGAAUUCUCACAGCUGCUGAACAGUCUGAUCCAUUACUCGGAACAGCUUUCUGAAUUGGAUCUUGAUAACAAUUGUCUUGGGGAAAUGGCAGCAACUGACAUCCUGGAGGCCUUAACCUACAGAAAUCAAGGAGCCAUUUGCUUGUUUGACUUGGAUCCUCUCAUAGGAGCCAUUUGCUUGUUUGACUUGGAUCACACCUAUUGA